ACAAAUUUAUGAGAAGAACGCUUGAUGGCUGAAGUCGUGAGUAGUCACAGCCGGUUCCUUCGGGUUAGGCCGUGGGCGCGGAGCCAAAGUGUAGCAGCAACCUCCCGGCGGCCGUGUGGCGCAGGUUGGGGCGCCAUGGGAUCUACCUGGCACAAGAACGUCCACAACCAAGGCGUCUUGGCGGCUGGAGCGGACUGCUGGUGUGAGGACACCCCCGAGAAGGAGCAGCUCACUUUCAUCUACGGGGGCGUCCGCCAUUCGGAGCGUGGCAGAUCAGGGAGUAGCACCGCCGGCCGUGCACACUUCGAGUGCAACCAAGAAGGGCAUAUGAGCCGGGACUGUCCACUGCUGACGACGACGCCACGGCCGAGGAUGCCUCAAGUGUGGCGAAGAAGGCCACAUGAGUAGGGAUUGAUUUCCAGACACUUGGGCGGGACACACCCACAAGUGGGCCGCUAUGCGAUUGGUGGGCUGCAAAAAUAGGUGUUAUGUGUGUAUUUUGUUAUUAAAUUGUUCGUUU